AUGGUUCUAUUGCGAUCUGGUCUGGCUGCUGGCGAGGGCGAAAGGUUGCAGGCUUCUGAUGCAGGAACUUCAAUGGGGCAACCCCCCGUAGUCCCAAAUGAUCAGGAACGCGUCGCAGCGUUGGAACAACUGGUGAACCAGUUAGUCCAGCAAAAUGCGAUUAUUCUGCAACACUUAGCCGCCCCUAACGAGGAGAGAAACAGUGAAGUACCCAACGAUGACUCCCGUAGGGUUAACAACGAUGUUGAGCUUAGUCAAAUAGGGGGUCAACAGAGGAGCCAUCACCAUCGGUCCCCUGAACGGAAUACCACCAGGCUCCGUGGAGAUACUUCUAGUUAUGUUGGAGACAAGACUGAGGACGCCACUCAGUUCGAUCUAGAGUUGCAGGAUCUGAAAGCCAAGGUUGACGAUGUCAUGCAAGCGAUGAAAGGGAAGGGCCAGGCUGCAGUGAACGAUAUGGUACAAAAGACUAACCUAGCUUUUAGCCUAGCUGUUAUGAGUUGUCCUCUACCUAGCAAAUUCAAGAUGCCAACUCUUGAGAGCUUCGAUGGGACGCGGGACCCUCUCGACCAUUUGGAAACCUACAAAGCUCUUAUGUAUUUGCAAGCCGUACCGGAUGAGAUUAUGUGCAGGGCUUUCCCUACCACACUCAAGGGUUGGGCUCGUCUCUGGUUCAAUAAAUUAAAGCCAGGCUUCAUUGAAAACUUUGAAGAGUUGAGCAAACAAUUCAUAAGACACUUCAUCGCUGGGCAGAAGCAUAGGAGACCAGCAACACAUUUACUUAAUGUGAAACAGCAGAAGGGAGAGUCCCUUUGUGAUUACAUAAGUCGUUUUAACACUGAAAUGCUGCAAGUUGAAGAGGUGGACGACAAGGUUGCCCUCACAGCCUUUAUGGGAGGACUACAGACUUCUAAGUUCCUAUUUUCCUUAUCAAAGGAAGCCCCUACAAGCAUGAUAGAGUUGAUGGUUAGAGCGCGGAAGCACAUGAACGCUGACGAUGCUAUGAAUGCACGAAAAAACAAAGAUGGUGAAGAUAAGAGGUCGGAUAAGAAGAGGCCAGCACCUAGCACUAGGGAGGAAAGGGAAUUGAAGUACAAGAAAUUCUCAAACAACCAGGCUGACAGAUCGUUUCGCCGCCCAGCGAGCCCAGCCCGAGAGGGCCGAGAUGAUCGCCCUCCUCAACACCAACCAAUAGGUGAGAUCAAAGUUAUAUCGGGUGGCUUCGCUGGUGGUGGUGAGACGAGUUCAUCUCGGAAGGCUCAUGCUAGGAGAAUUCGGAGUUUUUCAGAGAUAAAUGAAGUUGGAAUGACAAGUCCUCCAACCAAAUUACCUCGAGUUGAGGAGCCGGUCAUAACCUUUUCUGAAGAAGAUGACAAGGGAAUUCACCAGCCCCACCCUCUGGUAGUUUCUAUGGUCGUUGCUAAUUUCACUGUUCGACGAAUACUAAUAGACAAUGGUAGCUCGGCUGACAUACUAUUUCUUAGGACGUACGAGAAAUUGAAAAUUGGCCGAGAGAAGCUCUGA